AUGACAGCGAUAACCGAUCAGGAAUUCGAAGAGCUCCUGUUAGAGGCCUGGGACCGGUGCACUGAUGAUCAAAGUUUGCGCACGGCGCCCGUAUACGGUCGGCUUCGAAAAUGGUUGGCGAAACUGUCAUCGAAGUGCCGGCGUGGGGACUCUGACCGAUGCCAGUUGCAAUACGUGCUGUGCGCUCUGAGGGCAAACGAUUACGCGUGUUUGGACAAACUGCUGGACGAAGACAUCGACGAGCCGGCAUACUCGACGGCCGCCGCUACGGGAUGCGAGGUUGCAGUGGCGAAGAAGGAAGAGCAGAGCGUUGAGGCCAAGGGAGGAACAGACGCGAGGCUGACGGCCGCUCUGGCCACGGUCGACGAUAGAAUCAGUCUGCAGCAGUUCUUGCGUGAGGUAGCGGCCCAUACGUGCGACGGUGGUACUCUACUGGCACGCAUCAGUACGGACGUGCUGUCCGAUUUCCGAUCGUUCGUCGACAACGUGUUCAGCAACCGGGUGACGCAGAUCGGCAUGGUGUUAGCUCGUGAGCAGAUGUCUAUACGUGACCGGUACACGGACCUGGAAAGUCGGACGAUGAACCGAGCCCAAUUGGCGCUGAUACGCGUCAAAGAGUCGAUGCCUACGUUUGACUGGAACCGGUACGCAACCGAAACGGGCUACUUGAAGGGCUUGGUGGUCUCCCGGUGCGUGCAGGAUACGAAUUCGGAUGACGCGGACAGCGACGAUCUCAGAGGCAAGGGGUUGCUGUAUCAACUCAACUGGCUCCGGUCCGAGAUCGACCGGGCCGACUGCGAUAACCACGGGCUGCAAGAGCAGCAUUCGUCACUCAUAAAUGAGUUGGCCACUAUCAACAAGAAAAUAUCCGAUGUGCAGUGCAAGGCGGCCAACGACAUGGCCAUCCUGACGGAGGAGCUGAAUCGGCUGCGUACCAAAUCGGCUGACCAGAUCUGCACCAUCGACAAGCUCAUGGAGACCAUACAGAUAACGAUGGAGAACUCUAAGACCGACUCGACGACGAACAAGAUCACGUGCAGUCUCGAUCGUUAG